AUGCUGAUCUGUCAUGUAGAGAACGUUUUUGGGAAGCCAGAUACCUUUGUGGCCAAUAUCGAUGCAACGCGCCAGGAUUUGUUCUCACCAGCUGGCACCGAAAUAUUUAGGGAUAGUUUCCUACGAGCGGUACAUGCGGUCACAUUUGAGCACGGCAUUCUCAGAGCUACGUUGCGGGAGAAGUUGGGGAUUCAGCCGAAUUGGGUUGCAGCAAAUCACGUCGACUUGUCAGACCAUGUUGAGUGGUUAAAUUACAGCGUCAACGCGGAAGACUAUGAGGUCAUUCUACACUCGCACCGAGAGAAACUCAUCGACACGGAGUUUACUGAUACAGAGACUCGACCCGGCUGGCGAGUCACCAUACUUUCAUCGCAAGAGGUUGGAGUACUUGACAUUAUAUUUACCUACACCCAUACCAUCGCUGAUGGGAAGGGGGGUUUGGUGUUCAUUAAGUCCCUGCUGAAGCAGCUGCAGAGAGACUUCCCUAUACCUUCCAACGAAAGACUUCUCCUACCACCGUCACCACAUGAGCUGUGCGAUUUCCCCCUGACCCCCGGCCUCGUGCUAUCAACUUUGCGGAAAGAGCUCAGGCCGGACAUCUUUCGGUUUUCUCAAAGUUCUCAUGUUGGCUGGCUUCCCACUAGUGCUAAGGCGGUUCCUACCAGACUGAAAUCACUCAGGAUCGAAGCUCAUAUACUGGAAUCUAUCCUUCGAUCCUGCCGACAAAACUCCACAACUCUCACCGGCCUUGAGCAUGCUCUGGUCUUAAAAAAUUUGGCCACUCUUCUCUCGGCUGAUCAGGCGCAGGCUAUGACCUCCGUCACUACGAUAGAUUUGCGCCGUUUCAUGCCGAAGAAUCCUUCCAACUUUCCUGAUUUUGAUCCGGCAAACACGAUGGGGAACUUUAGCUCGGGAAUGAAGCAUCCCUUCGGCGGUGACCUCGUGCGACAGCUGCGGGAACUAUCGAAAGACCCUGAGGUGAAUAUCGCCAUGGAGCAGGCCAUAUGGAGCAUUUCCAGGCGAAUUCGCCUUGAAAUCGAGCAAAAGCUUUCACGGGGGCUAUCAAACGACAUCACCGGCUUAAUGAAGUUUGUAGGGGACUGGCGGGCCGAGGCUUCAAAAAAGACAGCCCGUCCAAGGGAGCAUUCUUGGUUGAUUUCCAAUCUUGGGGUGCUUUUGGCUGAUGGCUCCGAAUCGAUGACAAGCGGCGAGGCGCCUCACUGGCAUUUACAGGAUGCCACCUUUUCACUAAGCUCCGAAGCGGUGGGUGCGCCUUUCCGCAUUAGCCUUCUCACUGUACGCGGGAAGGCCUUAAAUAUCGAAAUCUGUUGGCAGGACUGUACUCCUAAAGAGAUAGCAGAGCGAAUCUUGGAAGACAUUCAUACCUUCCUUGUCGACUUGGCAGCUCACGAUGAGGCUAAUGUCAAGAGUUCACAUUAG